AUGGGACUUCUUGACCUUCCCCCUAAACUUCGCAACCCUAUCUACCAGCUCGUAUUGGUAGACGAAGACAACGACCACUCCUUCCAUGACCCAGAUCAGCCACCAAAAGACCCGAGUCUUCUCUUCACCAAUCGCCAAAUCCGCAGUGAAGCCUCCGGCAUCUUCUGGAACAGCAACACUUACUGUUUCGAAGAUUCCACGAAGACCGUGCUAUGGCUCCAGCGCCAACCGGCACAUAAGGUCGCGGCCUUGGGUUCAGUGCUGUCCUCCAACCCGAUCAGGGCAAGAAUCUGGUCGUGGGAAUUUGUUCAAGCGAAGCAGAAUCUGCUGGACCUGUUCACAUCACUAUGGAGGAAGGGAUCGCGCAAAGAUGUGGUGAAGCUACCAAUGCUGCUCAAGGAAGAGGGUAAGGAUGAGAAGGACCUUAUUUGGGUUUCACUUGCAGAUAUUGAUGGCUACAAGAAGGUCCCAGGCGGCUGUGUGGUCUGCAAGGCCAUUGAAGAGGAACACUGA